AUGGAUAUCGCUCCAUUCCCUCCGCAAGAUUUAGCAAAACUCGUUCUUGGAUAUCUUGCAGAAGAGGAACUCAUGACAGCUUAUGAUGAAUUUCUCCAAGCUAGUCCAUAUCUGGACGCAUAUAUGAAUGAAUAUGAUAGAAUUUUUAUGACAUCACUCAGGAAUAUUUUAGCAGACUACAGAGCGGUAAAAAUAUAUGUUGAGACUUGUAAACCUCAUGCAUUACGAAGAAAAUUACUACAGUGUUUGAAUCUCUCGGAAAUGAUAAAAUAUUUAAUAAGUGUUAUAGAUCCUAUGAAAUUGCCAAAAUUCGAUCAUCCUGAUAAGACAAGCAUCUCUAAGAACCAUGUGACAAAGCCAAACUGUGAAACUUGUACAUUAUUGAAUUCAAAGAGCUGUGUUUGUAAUGAAAUGCCUCCAAAUAUCCAUCAUCUAAAUGAAAAAAUAAAUGUAUCAUGCCCUCCAAAAGCAACAUCAUUAGUGGACUUACCUGGUAACACUAUAAACAGGAAAAAGGUAGAUAGCUUUGAGGAAUCAAAAAGAAUAAGUAAAGAACAAAGUGGUGGCAACACACUAUUUUGUGAUAGUACAUUGAGUAGCACUUCAGAUCAUCAGUUAGGGAUAUCUCAUACCAGUAAUGCAAAUAUACUUACACGCAAUGAAAAAAUUGAAAUAGACACAGGCUCUAUCAUAAAUUCUAGGCACAAGGUAGAGGAUUCUAAUAGCCUACUUAGUUUAGUAAACAAUAAAGAUGUCACAAGUGUGAAUCUAUGUAAUAAUUUAAUAUUGAACCAAGUUCAAGCUACUGCAAGUCCUUAUCAAGUUCCAGAUUAUGGAAGUCAACACAAAGUUACAAGGGUUGAUGCAAAUUCUGUACCAUUUUACAUCCCUAUAGCACCAAAAUCUAAGGAAAGUGGUAUUAAUGUAAGUACAGUGGAACCUCACAAUAACUUAAACAUAAAUAGCCCAUUAUCCUCCAAAAACCUUAAAUCCAAGAAUGAAAUAACAAUGAUUGAAAAUAAAUCUACGGAUAAUAAAAUAAAAAUUUUAUCAAAUGUAAGAUUUGAUAAUUGUUUCUCUUGCAAUCCACCUACUUCGCUUCCACCUGUUUUAAAAGGCAAUGCCACCUCUACACCAUUCAACUAUGUGAAAAGGCUUGUAAUAAAUGGAACACCGGGUUUCAUACAGAAAAAUGACUCAAAUGUACACACAUAUUCCAAGGACGAGAUAAUGGCUAUGCCUACAGUGAUAAUAGUACCUACUUCAGGAUCAAAUUAUAAUUCAGUUUCUGAGAGCAAAAUAAGCAACGAGACGAAAAUUAACAUACCCGCAACCACAACAACUGUGACUGUUUCUACAUGUGAACCUCUUUUUGUGGAUGUUUCAUCGAGUAUGCCUUCUUUGACCAUUGACGAUGAUAACAAAAAGGUACCAAACUCCAAUACAAGCGAAGUGGGACUUGUAAAAACUGUUGAUUCUGUACCCCACACCUCAGUUCCCAAAAAUAGUACGUUUUGCAACAAUCCUAGUACCCCUCAUGUUUUGCCUCCUAAAAGAUUAUCGUCUUCUACACCUCGACGUUCUACGCACAUAAGAGUUCUAGAUUUUGCUACACCCACACCUAGACGGAUACUAGAGAAAACAGUUCCUGAAAAAGAUCCCAUUGCUGAUGAUGCAGUAGUCGUAAUAAGUGAUUCACCAGUUGCAUGCGAAAAAAGUUCUAAUGUAAAUAAGUCUGACUUAAAAAUGUUAGGUAAAAACUUAGAAACUGAGUUGAAAAAAGACAAGCCAGUCAAACGUAGUUGGGAUCAAGAGUUACGUGCGCUUGUUGAACAAAAUCAAGACCUUUUCCCGCCGAACUCACCUAAACCGAAAAUAAGGGUUAAGAAAGACAAAAAGCAGAGUCAAGGCCAAGACAAAGACCAACGAAAACUUAGCAAAAAGGAUACCUCAAAGUUGAAGUCAAAGAAAAAGGGCAAGACCACUGAACAAGAUUCUAAAACAGAGAAAAAAAUAGACAAGCCAAUUAAACCAUUAAUAAAUAUUAUAUCUGGAGAUCAAGUUACACACAGUGAAGGUGAAAGUGAACAAAUAAUGAACAAACAAUCUGAUGAACACCAAUUUGAUACACCUGAGGUUGAGCGUCUAUCUUUACAAAAUGAAAUUGGGGGCAAAUUAAACAUCUCAGAUCUACUUGAAACGCCAUACAAACAAGCAAUUUACGAUAUCCAAAUGGAAACCCCAAGAUUCUUAGGCCCCGACUUACCUGGCGAGCCAGUGUCUGAUAUAAAAAUUAUGAACAUACCCACUCCAAAAUUUUUCGAUGAUCCCAUACAAAACGAAGCUACACCUUCAACAUACUCAUCUCGCCCAACUGAUUAUUCUAGUGGUGGUUCUUAUUACAAACCUGAUGAUCAAGAUUAUCACAUACCGGAAUUAAAUCAGUAUAGUAAUAAUGAAGUUAAAAUCACACAUAAAAAGUUGCCUCCAAGCGAAAUUAAACGUAAUAAUGAUUCGGCCCCGGAAUCUUCUUCUAUUAGUAAAACACGAGAAACAAAAAAACCCGAUAGACCUGCUAAGAAUAAAUGUAUCCCCACAAAAACUGUUAAAUAUAGAUCACCACUUAAAAGAGAUUCCACCAAAACUUUCAUGAAAAUUAAGCCUCGACGAGUAACACCAGUGAAAGAUGCAUUGAAAAAUAGAAAAAUCCAAUCAGAUUGUAAUCAGAGUGGGAGAAAGAAAAUUCUUAAUCAUAUAUCACCGGUAGGAGUGUCUGUUCCUACGAAAUCGCGAAGGAAGUCAUCUACGCCUCGAAAAUUACACUGUAGUAAAAUAAUUCAUUCGUCCACGUCAAGUAACACAUCUCCUGACAUCCCAGAAAAAAUAACAUCGACUGUAAGUAAAUGUGAAAAAAUAACAUGCGAUUCAGAGAAUAAUCAAGUGAGAUUGCGCUGGUCUGUUGAUGGGUCAUAUGAUCUUAAACAAAAUGACAGUGAAAAUCUCGUUAAAGAAAGUGAUGACAGCAUAAUUAAAAGGGGAUUAGAUGUGGAGACUGCACGAAUUAUUGAAAGAGAUUUAUUGGAUACACCUCCACUGCAAGAUACAGUGGUUCAAUCUACAAGUAAUGAAAUGAUUGAAGAAACUAUAGUUGAAAGAGUUGCCAAUCCAGAUUUGAAAAAUUAUCAGAAUAAUACGUCAGACAGACCAAAAGAUCAAAACCUGGACGAUAAUAAGGAUAACGAUAGUACAGAAGAUUUUGAGGAUGAUGACGAUGAUGUAGUGUUUAGUGUUCAGGAAAGCAAUGAAGAUACGGGGAACUAUUUUGUUUGUGACUUUAAUGAAACUUUAUUUAAACCGAAGGAUAUUGUUCCCUUGAAAGAUAAAUUUUGCAUGGAAGUAUGUAUCGAUGAUGGAGUAUCUUUGAGGCUUAGAUCUACAGCACUUAAAGAACUGUUUCAGCUUAACGAAUCGGAGGCGCAAUAUGAUAGGAAAGAGAUAGACUCCGCUGUCUCAUCAAUUUCAAAUAUUGACAAAUUAUAUACACCUAUUAAAGAUCACAGAGCUCAAUGCUACGAAAUAUUUGAUUCUACUUUAACCAGUCUUGACACUCCCUUAAAAGAAACAAGUCCUAAAAUCCAAGAGAAGGAAAUGUCGGUAGUGUUAGAGGUAGAAAAUUUGAGCAAUAAACCAGAUACUAAGAAGAGAAAAAGGGUACAGAGUGGAGCUUCUGAUGAAGGUAGCAUUAAAAAGUCUAAAAAAGAUGAAUAUUUACUUCACCCAGCGAACAUACAAAAUAUAGACAUAGAAUCUGUAUUGAGUAAAUUACACGGUUCAUAG